AUGGCACCGAUUCCCACCGCCCUAAUAACAGCCAGCAGCGCAGGCCUCGGCGCCGCAACCGCCAAACUCUUCGCGCGGAACGGGUACAACGUGGUCAUAAACUACGCCAACAACGCCGAGCGCGCCGAAGCCCUCGUACAGGACCUCCUUUCAGAGUCCCCGCUGGCCGUGGAACAGCAACGGUUCCAGGCCAUCAAGGCGGACCUCUCCAAGAAGGACGAGCUGGCGCGGCUGGUAGAGCAGGCCGUCGUCGUGCUGAGCCGCCUGGACGUCGUCUUCUCCAACGGCGGCUGGACGCGCAUCCGCAACAUCCAGGACCUGGACGACAACGUCGACGAGGAAGACUGGGACCGCUGCUUCAACAUGAACGUCAAGUCGCACCUUUUUCUCAUGCACGCUGCGCGUCCGCAUCUCGACGAGGCCGAGGGCGCCUUUAUCACGACAGCCUCUCUGGCCGGCGUCAAGGUUAGCGGGAGCUCAAUGGCCUACUCCGUGACGAAAGCCGCGCAGAUUCACCUCGUCAAGGCCCUGGCCGUGGCAGCGGGUCCCAGGAUACGGGUCAAUAGUGUAUCACCCGGUCUCCUUUUGACGGAAUGGGGGCUGCAGUUCUCGGAGGAGCAGCGGGAGACCGCCCGUGAAAAGACUAGGCUCAAGAGGCUACCCACCGUCGACGACGUAGCGGACCAGGUGCUGUGCUUCGCCAGAAGCAGGAGCGUCACCGGCGCCAACGCCGUUAUUGACGGGGGCCUGAGUAUCUGA